GACUAGGUAAGAGUAAGACCUUCUCCUUCAAACGCAACAUAGCAUACCUGACAAGUACCUUUAUAUCUCCCACAACUUGUAACAGGUCAACCUCUAUACAGGCGGUUGCUUUAAAGCAUAGCAACAGUUACUCAGACAAUGUCAUAAUAGACAAUUACCGGGAGCUAGGACAUCUGCGCGAGCCCUUAGGGGGUUGACAGCUUGAAAAUGUCACAGCUGGGCUCGCCGCGGAGCACCACGACAACGAUGUCUGAAUUACCAGGACAGCCAUCGGCCCAAAAUAAAGUUGAGAAAGUUGAGAAGGUCUGGGUGGGCGUCAGAAUUCGCCCCUUGCUGCGACAUGAAUCGGAGGCUAAGGAAACAGUGGCAUGGAAAGCAAGUGGCAGUGGAACGCUUUCAUGCAUGGUCGAGGAGAAGAACGCUUUCCAGCAAAGCACGUAUCAGUAUGACAGGGUCUUCGCGGACACCUGCACAUCAGACGAGGUGUACGCGGCAGCAGCCCAGCCAAUGGUCCAGUCUGCUAUGAAGGGCUACAACUGUACGCUCUUUGCCUAUGGCCAGACUGGUUCGGGCAAGACCACGACGAUGCGUUCGGUGAUGCGUCACGCGGCAAAGGACAUCUUUGCGCACAUUGCCCGCACGCGGGACCGCGACUUUGUGUUGAAGAUGUGCGCAAUUGAAGUGUACAACGAGGUUGUGCAUGACCUGUUCGUUGACGUGGACACCAACUUGAAGAUCAACGACGAUAAGGAGAAGGGCCCGGUGGUGGUGGACCUGACGGAGCAGAGCAUAGAGUCGGAGGAGCACCUGCUGAAGAUGCUCAAGGCCAUAGAGGGCCGUCGCCAGGUGAGGGAGACAAAGAUGAACCAGAAGAGCAGCCGCUCGCACCUGGUGGUGCGGCUGUAUGUGGAGAGCCGGCCUGCAUCCAUUGCGUCAGACGACGAGCUGUCCAGCGACGACAGCUCUGAGGCGGAGGAUGACGACGGUAGCGUCGGCGGUGAGACCAGCAGCCGCACCCUGGCGCCGGUCUUGUCCACCAUCAACUUUGUGGACCUGGCGGGGUCAGAACGCCUCAACCAGGCCAGCAUGACGGACGACGUGGAUAAGGAGAAGCUGCGCCAGAAAGAGGCGAGCAACAUCAACGUCAGCCUGCUAACCCUGGGCAAGGUCAUCCGGGCGCUGGGCAAGCGGGGCGAGCACGUGCCGUACCGCGAGUCCAACCUGACGCGCAUCCUGCAACCCUCGCUGGCCGGCAACUCGCGCAUGGCGAUUGUGUGUACGCUGUCUCCUGCAGCAGGCUCCGUCGACAACAGCCGAGCCGCGCUGCACUUUGCCAACCACGCCAAGGCGGUGACCAUGCGGCCGGUCCUGAACGAGGUGCGCAACGAGCAGGCCAUCAUCCACAAGAUGGAGGUGGAGAUCAUGGAGUUGCGGCGCAAGCUGGCUCGCAUGGACCGCCCUGACCGCAGCUCCCGUCAAGGCACUAAGCAGCUGCUGGCGGAGAAAGAUGCGGAGCUAAAGGCCAAGGAGGAACAGAUGCGGAAAGCACUGCAAGAGCGAGCGGCGCUGGAGCGGCGCCUCAACCAGAUGGAGAAGUUCAUCAUCCGCGGUGGCUCUGGCAGUCCGGCACCGGGCCUACGGCGCAGCUUCGAUGGACUGGACUCCCUCGCGUCCUCCAUGGCGGCUGGUGCGAACGGACCUGGCGGGGCGCGGGGUGCAGGGCUGCUGGGCAGCAGCGCCGUUGGGACGUCCGUGCGCGCGUCGUGGAACCCGGGGAGCAUGUCCGCGCUGGACACCCGCGAGCCCACCAGCGCUGGCAAGACGGGGAAGGGUGUGCCAGGCUCUGCCAGGAUUGUCGGCAACCCCGGUCGCCUGCUGUUGGACUACCUGCUGCCCCCGGGCGUUCGGGAGGCCGUGAACCGGCUAAGCGUGGAGAACCCGACUCAGCGCGGUGCAGCCGCUGCGCCCACUGGCACGGAUGCGCGAAAUGGCUAUAACCUGCGCAUGGAGAUCGGCAAACUGCAGGCGCCCGAGGGCAGCAAGGCCGAGGAGGCCCGCACGGCGCUGCAGGCCGAAGUCCGCUGCUGCAGCCAGCGGCCUGAUGCCGCAGCCGUGGUUGCGGCGGCAGCUGGCGCCACGCCUGACACGGCAGAUCGCCUGCUGGAGCAGCUGACGCAGAUGCUGGGCUCGCUAGAGCAGCGGCAGCGCGAUGGGCAGGAGCCGGGCAGCAGCCAGGCAGGAGGGACAGCGCCUGCAGCAAACCCGAAUACCGCGUCUGAUCCGGCUUCCGCUGCGGCCACCCCGUCUGGAAAGGAGACUGCGGCCGCCGGGGCGCUCCAGCGACAGCAACCCUCGAACGCUGAGGACGAGGCGAACCUGAUAGCCUUGCUCCGUACGGAGGUGGCUCGUUUGCAGCGCUUGCGGGCGAUCAACGUGCAGGCAAACCAGGCGAUAGAGUCGCUGCUGAGCAAGGUCGCGAUGCUGGAGGCGGGCAGUACUGGCGGCUCCAACCCGCACAUGGACGGCUUGCUGCAGGUCCCUGCCGUGCUUGAAAGGCUACAAACCGCGCUGCAGGAGGCUGACGAGCUGGAUGAGGGUGAUGAAGACAUGACAGCAGCCGAAGGGGCGGCAGCAGCAGCCGGCGGCGCUGGAGACCACCAGUACCCCACGCACACGGGUGCGCGCACGGUAGCCCGGCGCCGAGUGGCCGCUGCCAGGGAUGACGGCGAGGCCACCAGCGAACAGCGCUAUGACUCGCCGGCAGCGGCGCCGCAAGUCACCACGGCAGCUGCGCAGCACAGCCCGGCGCGGUUGAGCGGGAGCAAGCUGCCCCGGGCACUCCUGACGGGCGCUGACCUUGACGGCGAGGGGGAUUCGGUGCUGGUCAAAUCGCCUCGCCGGGGCUUGAUGGCGUCGCCGCAUGGCGGUGCGGGGCUGGGAGCCAGCACCACGCCAAACAGCCGCCUGUCAGCUGGCGUGCGCGCGGGUCACGUGCAACACCACGGCGCCGAUAGCCCCCGUGCCGGCGCGGACGUGGAUGGCCAUGCUGACGAGCUUUGCUUGCGGCGCAUGCGCACACCAUCGCUCUCGAUGCAAGCCUCCGAGGCUGAGCUCAUGUCCGCCGGACGGCCUACCGCCAGCAUCAGCAGUCGUGGAGUCAUGCGGGACACGGAGCGCGCGAAACGAAUCAUCGGCCGCGAGAAGGAGGCCAUCCAUGCAUGGUACGCCGCCGAGGUGGCGCGGCUGAAGGCGGCAUUCCGGACGCAGACGCAAGCGGAUGUAGACGCCAUGCGGGAAGCAGUGGAGCGCUACCGUGGGAUGUUUGAGGAGACUCAGGAGCGUGUGGAGCGGUUGAACGUACAAAAGCAGCUGCUUAUCAAGCAGGUGCUGCAACUAGAGCUGGCGGUGGACGAAGCUGAGCAGCAGGAGGCCCGCAGCAACGCCAUGAUUGCAAAGCUGAUGGCGGAGCGUGAUCAGGCUGUCAAGGAGGCGGCCCAGGCCAAGAGCCGCGAGCAGGCCGCGCUGCUGCAAGCACAGCAGGCGCAGGCCAUGGCCUUCUCUGCGCAGCAGACGGCGCUGAUGCAUGCGUCGUCGUCAGACCAACACGCCUUCAACGACGACGACGAUGACUGGGCCGAUGCGCCGACGACGGAGACGCUUCUGGGUCAGCUGUGCGAGCUGUGGCACAAGCUUAACGUGCCGCUGGUGUACCGCAGCCGCUUCUUCAUGCUCUUCCGCAGCAAGGAGCUCAUCUACUUGCAAAUGGAGCAGCGCAGGCUGAAGCAUCGUCUGGAGCAGGUUGAGAAGGAACUCGAGGGCGACUAUCUCUCCCGCAGCAAGGCGCUGGACAAGGCCAAGCGAGCGCUAGAUCUCGAGCGCAAGGUGCUGGCGCAAGCGAUGCGGUUCACGUACAACGAGCGCGAGCGGGAGAUGCUGUUUGACCAGUGGGGCGUCAGCGCCCACUCCAAAGGGCGCAAGCUGCAGCUGGUCAAGAAGCUGUGGGACCCCGCCAAGACCAAGGACCAAGUGAGCAUGGAGGCGUCCGCCACGGUCGUGUGUGCGCUGGCGGGGCCUGAUGCAACGGAACAGUUCAUGCAGCUGGUCUUCGGCAACACCGCAGAGGUCUGUGCCCGCCCAACCCACGUGGGCGCGCUGAUGACUACCCUGGUGCGGCGGGUCACCACGCCGCGACAGCGCAAGGCUGCUGCUGCGGCGGGUGGCGGCACCAACCCGCUGACCUCCUCCGUGAUUGUGCACGGCGGCAGCAGCGGGAACGCUUCCGCUGGUGGAGUGACACCGCGCAGGAAUUCAUCAACCAGCCUACUCGCAAGCUUAGCGGGUCGCGUCGGGUCCAUUCUUUCGCAGCAACCAGCAGCAAGCAGGUUGACAACUACCUCGCAGCAGCCUGCUGCGGAAGGAGACAACGCCCAAGCUGCGCCUGCUUCCGGUGGCGCGGUUUCACAACACACCGCCCCGCCAUCUGUACCCCCGCUGAUGCUGAAUGGACGCGGCGCAUCUCCAGGCACAACGAGCAGCAGUGGUGUAGUGGGCGGGGGCGGGCCCAUAGCAUCUGGUCUGGGGCCCAUGACGCGGAACCUGGCUAACACGGCAGGGCACGGGGGGUCUUUGUUGAUGGGGUCGAUCAAGGGCCACCCGUCGGCCACCACAUCAAUUUUGAGCACGUUCCAAGGGAAUGCUACUUCCAUUGCCUCCAUGCGAGGGCGGACGAGCUACGCUGAUUCCUGACCGGGUACAUUUCGCAUUGAGUUGGAUGACUUGCAUUACGUGGUAUGAACUUAUAUAAAGCAUGGCAGGUGCUAUGUGAUAUCGCGGGGGAUUGAGCCCUCGCCGAGAAGUUCCAUACAGGGAACAAAUGCCUAGCGGUUCGGUGGCUGGGGCCGUAGAGCGCAAACAGACGUGGAUACGUGACUCUUAAGGUUUACUU